AAAGCUUAUGUUGUGUGCUCUCAGGUAUGAUCUCUGUUACAGGCAGACGUCGAGAAGUGUGGCAGACAAAAAAUGUUUUGUUUUUUGUCUUUUGUCAUUUCUCGGUGCUUUUACCAUUAAUAGUGUUGCAGCAGAUAUCACUAGUUCACAGUCCACAGAGGUAGGAAAACAAGGAAGUACCAGUCUGAGGCAGUGAUGGCGCUCCGGGCGGUUGGGAGUCGUUUGUUGCACUUUCAGAGGAGCAGCUUGAAGACUGUCUCCAUCCAAACACUUGGAGGUGUCAGAUUCAAACGAGCCUGUCCAGUGGAAGUGAGCCAUCUGGAUCAUUUGGUUCUUACAGUAAAAAGUGUGCCAGACACUGUAAACUUUUAUACCUCGGUCCUUGGCAUGGAGGUGAUCACUUUCAAGGGAAACCGUAAGGCCCUGGGUUUUGGCCAGCAGAAGUUCAACCUCCACCAGCUGGGUCAGGAGUUUGAGCCCAAAGCCAAGCGCCCAACCUCAGGCUCUGCAGACCUGUGCCUCAUCACCAAAACCUCCCUUGCUACAGUAGCUGCACAUUUGAAGGAUUGUGGGGUUGAGAUAGAGGAGGGACCAGUGGAGAGGACUGGAGCUGUGGGGACCAUCACCUCUCUUUACUUCAGAGAUCCGGAUCACAAUCUCAUUGAGGUGUCGAACUAUAACCAGUCAGUAUAAGAGGGAUCUUCCUGAGACUUCUUAGACCUUGUUUUUGAAUGAAUUGGAAUGCAUCCAGUUUUGUCUCUUGGACCCAUUAUUAGGUUUGAGACCAAACUGUAGGCUAAUUCAGACAAGUUGUACUAUUUUCAAACAGAGGUAGAUGAGAUUAGUUUGCUAAGACAAUAAUUCAGAAUAACAAGUGAAAAAUUCAACACCUGUAGAUGUUAAACAAUAUGAUCAAGUGCCUAUUCAGGAGAUUUUUUUGUACUUUGUAAAGUGAAACUGAGCAUUUAAAGAAUGAUUGCUUUUUCAGCUGAAAAUAAAAGAUUCUUUAGUGUA